CCGUAAUGUGGGAAACUUUCUUUGUGUUAGGUGGGCUGUCACUUUAAUCCAUGCUAAGCAGCAGGGCCUAAAAAGCUCGCUAACGUCAUCAAACUUGAAGGAGGGGCAAGCGUCAUUGUGGAUCCAUAUUUAUGAUUAUGUAACAGAAUCCAUGGAUACCUACUACUAGGUACCUAUGUACUCAAAUACUAGCGCGCGUCAUAGUUCAUCCGUCCCGAUAUCCCCGAGCUUCAGCUUUUAGCAACGCCGCCGAACCGACCGAGCUUCGGAGCUUUUUUUUCGCGCCUUUUUGACAAUUGCUUUGAAAUUCGCCAUUCGCCAUCCGCCAUCCAGCUUAAGACAAGCUCUCCACUAACUCCUCCCUUUCUUCUAAACCUAUUAAUUUUUCUCCAUAUUACAUUUAAUAUUUUGUUCACACAUCGCAACAUUAUGGCGAACGUCGCCUCAUCAGCCUUGAGACGGGCUUCGCGCCUUGGUCUCAAGCAAUCCCUCUCUUCGACCCCUCUACGAGGAAUCCCUUCCAUAUCAAGAGUAGCAGCCGUAACCACAACGCAAGUUUCACGAAGAGGUUAUGUAUCCGAAACAAAGCGAGACAAUGCACAGGUUAAUGUCGAGACCGCAAUACGGUUAGAUAAGAAAGACUUCAUGAAUGAGAAAGGCGAGCUCAUUACAGGACGACCCGGUGCCCCUGCAAAUGCCACAAUUAGCCCAAUGGCCGAAGUUCUCAAGGAAGCAACCGUUUUAGAGGAAGGUCAACGUCCUAUAUAUCUUGAUAUGCAGGCUACGACACCAGUCGACCCCAGAGUUCUUGAUGCUAUGUUACCUUUCUUCGUCAACGUCUACGGCAACCCUCAUUCGCGAACACACGCAUACGGUUGGGAAAGUGAAAAAGCCGUAGAGGAGGCGCGAGAGCAUAUCGCAAAGCUCAUUGGUGCAGAUGCUAAGGAAAUUAUAUUCACUAGCGGCGCGACCGAGAGUAACAAUAUGAGCAUCAAAGGUGUCGCGAGAUUCUUCGGGCGAUCGGGCAAGAAGAAGCAUAUCGUCACUAGCCAGACGGAGCACAAAUGUGUCCUUGACAGCUGCCGACAUCUUCAAGAUGAAGGCUUCGACGUCACAUACCUCCCUGUCCAAACUAAUGGCCUCAUAAAUUUGCAGGAGUUAGAGGCCGCAAUCCGACCGGACACUGCCAUUGUUAGUAUUAUGGCCGUUAACAAUGAGAUCGGUGUUAUCCAACCCUUGGAGGAGAUUGGCAAAAUGUGUCGCCGAAAGAAGGUCUUCUUCCACACCGACGGCGCACAGGCCGUUGGCAAGAUUCCUUUGGAUGUUAAUGCGAUGAAUAUCGACUUGAUGUCAAUCUCAUCGCACAAAAUCUAUGGUCCCAAGGGUAUCGGUGCCUGUUAUGUUCGAAGACGGCCGCGAGUCAGAUUAGAACCUAUCAUCAGUGGCGGUGGUCAGGAACGAGGUUUGCGCAGUGGUACCCUUGCCCCACCCCUCGUCGUGGGCUUUGGCGAAGCCUGUCGAAUCGCUAAACAAGAGUUGGAAUACGACUCGAAGCGCAUCAAAUCACUAUCUGAUCGAUUAUUAAAAGGACUCUUGGCUUUGGAACAUACAAGCCAAAAUGGUGACCCUGACAGUUUCUAUCCAGGUUGCGUUAACGUUUCCUUUGCGUACGUUGAAGGCGAAUCGCUUCUCAUGGCCUUGAAGGAUAUCGCGCUAUCAUCUGGUAGCGCUUGCACUUCCGCUUCAUUAGAGCCAAGCUAUGUCUUGAGGGCAUUGGGAAACAGUGAUGAGAGCGCACACAGCAGUAUUAGAUUCGGUAUUGGCCGAUUCACUACGGAGCAAGAAAUCGAUUACGUUCUCAAGGCUGUUCAGGAACGAGUCACCUUCCUUCGCGAAUUAAGUCCUCUAUGGGAGCUCGUACAAGAAGGUAUCGACUUGAACACGAUCGAGUGGAGUCAACAUUGAUUUAUCGCCAACCCUUACCAAUCGCUCUCUAUCCUCACCCCGUAUAAGGCGCAGGGUGUAAUGGUUGCCUAUGAAUGGAGGCCACACUAUGGCCGAUAUGGCCAGUUCCACAAUCUCUUUGAACAGGAAACCGAGGCCGAUGAAGCUUCGUUUGUACUUUAGGAGUUAGGCUGGUUGGUACGUUGUUUGGCUCGCCGCUCAUUGCGAGCAUGCAUUAGGCAGGAAUACGUGGUCUCGGGUCGCUUAGGGUGUGCGGCUAUUAUGAGAGGACCACCGGAUGGAAAAUUCAUAUGAAUAAGGAUGUGUCUAUUGAUACCUAUGGAAUAACGUGCUUUAAUGAAACAUGAACUCAUGAGUAAGUUCUCUGUGUACCUGCAUAAGAAAUCGUGAUAAGGGGGA